AUGUUAAUUGUGAAGAGUUACGGGCUAAUGAAAGGCCCGAUAGCCACUGUUUCAGUUCCAGCAAGUGUUUUGGAUAAGGAAUGCAACCCGACAGCAGGUUCAGCUCCUUCGUUGGCCUCGGUUAUGGACUCUAGGUUCCAUGAUUCUAAUCAGGAAAGGAAUGCUAAAUGUAAUGAUACUCCAAUUGGAUUUUCGGGAGGCUUUGGAAGGCUAUCAGUUAUUGUAGAUUCAGAAGAUAAUUUAACUCACCCUCCAGGUUUCUCAAAUUGUAAUAGCUUUGCUGGUUGUUCGGAUACUUCAUAUAAUAAAGGGUCCUUCUUAAGUGAGAUCCAAAAAACAAUGGAGAUGGGAAAGGCAAUGGGAUAUAACUUGGAGGGAUGUUAUGACCGAGUAAAAGAAAUUGUUGAAGGGACCGACGAUAAAAUGGUGUUGAGAUGA